AUGGCGACGCCGCCGGCGCCGUCGCCGUCGCCGGUCAGGCUCCGGCUCGUGUUCGACAAGGCCCGCCUUCUCCGGCGGGCGCAGAGGGACCUCCGGCGCUGCUGGCUCCUCCUCCGGCCCGAGCUCGCCACCGUCGCCGACCUCGCCGCCCACGUGGCCGCCCGCUUCCGCCUCCACCGCUCCUGCCCCGGCGGCGUCGUCUUGACGAUGGAUGGAUUCGCCGUGCCGCCUUUCGAGUCGACCUGUAUCUUCAGGGACAAGGAUAUCAUAAGGGUUCAACAGAAAGCUUGCAAGAGAAUGGUACACCAUGAUGAUGUACACUGUAUUGAAGAUCCCGAGAAAGUAGAAAUGCGUCCGCUUCCGACUGAGGAUAAAAUCCUUGCAAUUGAGUAUCAAAUUGACUUUAGUAAGCAUCAAGAAGAAGAGGUGCAUUGUGAUCAUCAGCCUGAAGAAAAGGUAACAUCCGACCACGAUCUAGAAAAUGGGCAUACAAGCUCGAAGAGGAAACGAAAAGAUGAAGAUGCAAAAAUACCUGAGAGCUCAAGGAGAAAGAAACUGAAGAAGGCAAAACACAUCGGGUGCAGCAAGGUAGAUGACAUUUGCCAAGAUCAGGGAUCUCAUGGUUCCAAAGAGUCGAAGCCGUCCACUAUUGGUAUUGAAGAAAAGAAGGCUGAUAUUCAAACUGAAUGUACUGUUGAGUUGGAUGGAAAGCAAAAACCUGACAGGUGCAAUAAGACCGAGUUGAGUUGCGAAACUGAGGUGGCUGGGCAGACAACUCAAAUUCCUAAAACGAGUCGAAGUGCUCGUCGUAAGAAAAUCAAAAGGCAACUUAGGAAGCUAGAGAAAGAAAAGCUGAAAGAGAAUGUGGACUGCCAGGAAUCACCCGCUGCUGCUGACUGUCCAUCCUCAAGCAAUCACGAUGAUCUUCCUUGCCCGUCAAGCAAUGAGAAUGGCCCUCACUUGCCAUUUUCAAGCCAUGAAGCAGAGGAGGAAGAAUCUGAUGCAUCAGAAGAUAUUGUUCCAGUUGUGGUUCGUCCUGGUCACAUUCGCUUUGAGCCAGCAGAAUUAUUUGUGUUUCUAGGUGAACCAAAUACGUCAUCAGCGAAGGAAACACAGGCAAAUUUCACAUGGGGUGGAACCAUGAGCAAAAAGAAGGGACAGAAGUGGGGAAUGAACAACUCAAAUAAGAAAAGUGCUCAUACCUGCAAUCUUGGGAAAAUAGUUGGAAGCAAUACUGAAGUUAACCACCUUGUGGUAGAUAGUAGGGAUGAGGAAAAUGUUUUUUCUGGGGCCAGUAAUCAAAAAGUCAAUGAGAUCAAUCAUGAUGUGUUAGCAAAGGAAAAAUCUGUUGCUGAGGAAGGGAAGUCUGCCAGCGAACCUUUGGACUUUGAAGCUCUGUACCCCCUAACACGUCUUCCAGUGGAGGGAGAUCUGAUUGCUUAUCGAUUGGUUACGCUGUCUUCCUCGUGGUGUCCGGAGAUUUCUUCGUAUCGGGUUGGUAAAGUUCUUAUGUAUGAUCUGAUAUCAUCGCGCAUCAUUCUGUUACCUGUUCCGGAGCAUCCAAUCAUCACGGAGGAAAUGACAUGCGAGGACGAGUCAGAUGCUAUGAUGGUGGAUACGUCACCCUACAAGGAAGAUGGCUCCUUGGAGAUUGAGUACUCCAACCUUCUCGAUGUAAGACUAGUGAAGGGCAGCAAGCCAGUAUCCGCAGACCUUAGCACUCCCAUUAGAGAAACAGGGAAGGAAGGCAAAUCACCAGUCGGAGAACCGGUCGCCUUGGACGAAAACAAGGGCAAAGUUCAUAGCCAGAAUGGAACCUCGGUGCCAGCCUUGGACGAAAACAAGGGCAAAGUUCAUAGCCAGAAUGGAACCUCGGUGCCACCAGAUAGCAGUAAAGGCCCAGAAGCGCCACCAGAGAACACGCGUGAUAAGGCCUGGGAGGCAAGCAGCGAGGUCCCAAACGGCAAGCCUGACGAUGAAGCCGAGGGGAACAAUGGGUGGGGAGCUUGGAAACAGAACGCUAGCACGUCGGCGUGGUCGUAUAGAGCGCAGAGAAGCACUGCCCUUGGUCCGACCCUCGCGCUUCUGAGAGGCAACAAUGGCAGAGGAGGUGGCAGGGGAGGCGGUAGGGGAGGCGGCAGGGGAGGCGGUAGGGAAGGCGGCAGGGGAGGCAAACCCAACAACCGGAAGUACGGCAAGUGA